AUUCUUUGUACCGUUGGGUGCACACAUGCAGUAGUCGCGCCCGUCUCCUGCUCCCGGCAGAGUUCCCCAGCAUGCUGUUUGAGAGCUUUGACGCGGUGUGCGCCCUGGCCACCCUCGCCGCCUGCCUGCUGUCCGUGGCCCUCCUCCUGGCCGUGUCCCAGCAGCUGUGGCAACUCCGCUGGGCAGCCACCAGAGACAAGAGCUGCAAGCUGCCCAUCCCCAGGGGCUCCAUGGGCUUCCCCCUGGUCGGGGAGACCUUCCACUGGAUCGCGCAGGGAUCGGGUUUCCAGUCCUCCCGGCGAGAGAAGUAUGGCAACGUGUUCAAGACCCACUUGCUCGGUCGCCCCCUGAUCAGGGUGACGGGGGCCGAGAACGUCAGGAAGAUCCUUAUGGGCGAGCAUCACCUGGUCAGCACGGAGUGGCCCCGGAGCACUCGGGUGUUACUGGGGCCCAACAGCCUGGCCAACUCCAUCGGGGAUAUCCACAGACACAAGCGGAAGGUGUUUUCCAAAAUCUUCAGCCACGAGGCGUUGGAGACCUAUCUUCCCAAAAUCCAGCUGGUGAUCCAGGACACCCUGAGGGUGUGGAGCAGUAACCCCGAGCCCAUCAACGUCUACUUCGAGGCUCAGAAGCUGACAUUCCGCAUGGCCAUCCGCGUUCUCCUCGGCUUCCGCCUCUCCAGCGAGGAGCUCAGUAAUCUCUUCGAGGUGUUCCAGAAGUUUGUGGAGAACGUCUUCUCCUUGCCUGUCGACGUCCCCUUCAGCGGCUACAGAAGGGGCAUUCGAGCGAGGGAGACUCUAUUGAAAAGUUUGGAGAAAGCCAUUGAGGAGAAGCUGCGGAGCACCCAAGGAAAGGACUAUACGGACGCCCUGGAUGUACUGAUCGAGAGCGGGAAGGAGCAUGGCAAGGAGCUGACAAUGCAAGAACUCAAGGAUGGAACGCUGGAGCUGAUAUUUGCAGCCUAUGCCACCACCGCCAGCGCCAGCACCUCGCUCAUCAUGCAGCUCCUCAAACACCCGAACGUCUUGGAGAAGCUUCGCGAGGAGCUGCGGGGGAACGGCAUCUUACACAACGGCUGCGUCUGCGAGGGCGCCCUGCGCGUGGACACCAUCAGCAGCCUGCACUACCUGGACUGCGUCAUCAAGGAACUCCUGCGCCUCUUCAGUCCCAUCUCGGGGGGUUACAGGACCGUGCUGCAGACCUUCGAGCUGGAUGGUUUCCAGAUACCCAAAGGAUGGAGCGUUUUAUACAGCAUCCGGGACACGCACGACACAGCUCCCGUCUUUAAGGAUAUCGACGUCUUUGACCCCGACCGGUUUGGCCGAGAUCGCACAGAAGACAAAGACGGCAGGUUCCAUUACCUGCCGUUCGGCGGCGGAGUCCGGAACUGUUUGGGCAAGCAGCUGGCAAAGCUGUUCUUGAAGACCUUGGCGAUCGAAUUGGCCAGCAUGAGCCGGUUUGAGCUGGCUACGAGGACUUUCCCCAAAAUCAUGCCGGUCCCCGUGGUCCACCCCUCCGGCGAGCUGAAGGUCAGGUUCUUUGGACUCGAUUCUAACCAAAAUGAAAUUAUGACAGAGACAGAAGCCAUGUUGGGCGCCACCGUGUAGCCUUCCACCCCACCCCCACCCAAAAAAAAAUAUUACUCUUGAAUAUUUUCUUCAGUUUUUUUUUUCCAUCCAGGAGAAGACAAAACGAAAUAUAAGCACACAGUAUAAAAAAAACAAAAAACAAACCGAGACUAUAACUACAAAGAGAAAUAUAUCUACAAUACUAACUGAAAAUAUAUCGAGCCACCAAUCAAAGAACACGCGUGGAUUGCUUACAUAUAUAACGGAGCCAGGGUUAUGAAUCCUGCUGCAGAAAGGACAUACCGAGGACUCUCGCUUGGGGAAGAACUUUUACCGGCCUAGACUCUGACGCUGGUAGAUCCUGUGAUGCCCCACCAGAGGUUUACGAGAACAUUCCCCCCAUGCUCGCUCCCUUCUUUUACUCCACAGUGUUACGUACAUCAGGGAUAACAGGGUCUUUUGUUCUGUUGUUUCUACGCCUGCCUUAUUUUUAUUGUCUAAAA